UUUAAAAAAUAAAAUGUGUGGAUAAUGAAUGAAUAAAGAUGGGUAUCUUUUUCUCAGCCUUUUUAACUCCAUCUCUUUCUUUACUUCUUUCUCCCCGUUGCAGAGAUUGAUUUUGAGUUCUGACAAUGGGCUAGUUUUCCUCUUUCUCAAAGUCAUUGCAAGUGAAGUUCAGUUCGAUCUUCCUUUCUUCUUUUUGCAGUAGAAGUUCAGACGAAGAUGAUAUGAAGCACGUGCGAAUUUUCAUCUCUCCUUCUUCAGUUCGCUGAAACUAAACUUAACUUCAAUGAAUAAAUAAUAAUCUAAGAAGAAGAAGAAGGAUUAAUUAUGGCGACGUACUUUCAUGGGAAUCCAACUGAUCUUCAAGCUGCAGACGGUCUUCAGACUCUUGUACUCAUGAACCCAACAACUUACGUUAAUUCCCACCACCAACAACAAUUCUCUGACGCCACUCCGCCGCCGCAGCAACCUCCGCAAAGCAAUCUCAUUUUCCUGAAUUCCACCCACGCGCCACCAUCUCUAAACACUCCCCACUUUGUUGGCAUCCCCACCACAGCUUCCGACGACAACAUCUCCCCUCUGCAUGGCCUUCUCCCUCGCCUUCAUUACAACCUCUACCAACCCAAUUGCCCUACCCCGACAGCGCGUGAAACAACACGCGCGAAGCAGGGGCUCUCUUUGAGCCUCUCCCCACAGCAGCAGGUCAGUUAUGGCCAAGGCCAGGCGGUCUCAGGUGAAGAUAUGAGGGUCUCUGGUGGGUCGAUGUCGUCGGGUUUGGGUGUCACCAAUGGAGUUUCUGGUGUGCUGCUGAGCUCUAAGUACUUGAAGGCUACUCAAGAACUUCUUGAUGAAGUUGUUCAUUUGAAUAAUACUUGGAUUGACAGUAAAAAUGAAUUUUCAAAGAAGGGAAAUGGUAACAGCAGCAGAAAUACUAAUAAGCUGAUUGGAGAAUCAUCCAACGCCGCGUUGGAAGACGGUGGAGAAGCCUCCGGGAAGAAAGCCUCGGAGAUAUCCGCCGCGGAGAGGCAAGAUAUUCAGAUGAAGAAAGCAAAACUUAUUAAUAUGCUUGAGGAGGUGGAGCAACGAUAUCGGCAGUACCAUCAGCAGAUGCAGAUUGUGAUAACUUCGUUUGAGCAAGCAGCCGGAAUUCGGUCAGCAAGAACAUACACAGCUCUAGCGCUGAAGACAAUUUCCAAGCAAUUUAGGUGCUUGAAGGACGCAAUUACAGGUCAAAUUACAGCAGCAAAUAAGAUGUUAGGCGAAGAAGAUUGUCUGGGAGGAAAACUGGAAGGGUCAAGGCUGAAAUUCGUCGAUCAUCAUCUUAGACAACAACGAGCUCUUCAACAGUUGGGAAUGAUGCAGCACAAUGCUUGGAGACCCCAGAGAGGCCUUCCCGAAAGAUCAGUUUCAAUUCUUCGCACUUGGCUGUUUGAACACUUUCUUCAUCCUUAUCCGAAGGAUUCGGACAAGCAGAUGCUCGCCAAACAAACAGGGCUUACCAGGAGCCAGGUGUCGAAUUGGUUCAUAAAUGCUCGAGUUCGACUGUGGAAACCGAUGGUAGAGGAGAUGUAUUUGGAGGAAAUCAAAGAGCAUGAGCUGCAUGGAUCAGAGGACAAAACAAGCAAAAGUGAUCACAAUGAAGAUUCAACAUCAAAGUCCUCUGCUCCGCAAGACAAAUCCAACAAAGAAAUCUCCUCAAACCAGAAUUCUCAUUCUGUCAUUUCAAUGUCUCCAGUUUCGACCUCUCCAAUGGGGGUAACUGCGACAAACCAAUCAGGAUUUUCCCUCACUGGUUCAUCGGAAAUCGAAGGCUUGGCUAGAGUAAGUCAAAAGAAACCACGGAGAAACGAAAUGCUGCAGUCACCGAGCAGUGUUCCAUCCAUAAAUAUGGAUAUAAAGCCCGAAAAUCCCACAAACAACGAGCAAAUUUCUUUGAAAUUCGACAGUGAUAGCCAGAGCAGAGACGGGUACUCGUUCAUGGGGAACCAGAUGAACUUCAUCCAAGGCUUCGGCCAAUACCCCAUUGGCGAAAUUGGAAGGUUCGACACAGAACCAUUCCAGCCCAGGUUUUCAGGAAAUGGAGUUUCGCUCAGCCUAGGCCUCCCUCAUUGUGAAAACCUCUCAUUAUCAGCAGCCCAUCAAACUUUUCUCCCUAAUCAAAGCAUUCAACUGGGGAGAACAAUAGAAAUAGGGGGCGAGGCAAGCGAAUUCGGCGCCAUAAACACUCCAACACCUCACUCUUCUGCUGCAUAUGAGAGCAUAAAUAUUCAGAACAGAAAGAGGUUUGCAGCACAAUUGUUACAUGACUUUGUGGCUUGAAGCAUAGGGGUGGUAUCUUUUCACUAUAUCUUGCUGUUCUCUAUAGCAUUUUGGGGACAAGAAAUUGCAAUGGCAGUGUAAAGAAAUUAAGAAGAUGAAGAUGAGAAUAUACAUAGUAUAGGUUUAUACUUGGCAUAGAACCAUUUGAGUUCAUAGAUAGCUUUAGGAUUUGAGCAUAUGGGUUGAGGAUUGUAUAUUAAUUUUUUACGUUUUGAAGAUGGAUAGAUGUGAUUGAUAUAUUUCAUAAGAAUUAGCUAUUUGGGUAUAUACCAACAUAUAUAUUGUGAUUAUUUAUGGUAUUGAUUAUUUGUAUUUGUUUCAAUAAACAAGCCAAUUGCAGGGAGAAAUUAUGAUUUAUUUUUUACUAA